UUUCUAGCAUAACCUUCUUUCUCACCUUUAUAUUUAUAUAUUUAAUAUAUUUAAUAUUUAUUUAUUAUUUAUGGUCGGAAUCUGACGCAAACCAGCAGAAGCAAAGAGCCAGUCGCCUGAAUCUGAUACAGUCGCCGGAAUCUGAGUCACACCUAUCAGAUUUCAACAAAUUCGCAACAUGGGUUUCUCUAUGGACAAUUCAAACUCCCCCACUCAAUCACACUACCACACCCACAAGGUCUUCCUCUUCUGCAACUACAUUCUCUUAGGCGCAGCCUCCAGUUGCAUCUUCUUGACCCUCUCUCUCCGCCUCGUCCCCUCCCUCUGCGGCUUCUUUCUAAUUCUCCUCCACAUCCUCACAAUCGCCGGAGCAGUCUCCGGGUGUGCCGCGGCCUCCUCGGGUGCGGGCAAAUGGUACGGAGCUCACAUGGUGUCCACCGUCCUGACGGCGAUAUUUCAAGGCUCUGUUUCGGUGCUGAUUUUCACGAGAAGCAUCGAUUUUCUUGAGAAUCUGAAGUCUUAUGUGAAGGAAGAAAAUGGAGUUGUGAUACUGAGAUUGGCUGGUGGGUUGUGUGUUCUGAUAUUUUGUUUAGAGUGGGUGGUUCUGACGCUUGCAUUUUUCUUGAAGUACUAUGCUUAUGUUGAAAGUGAUAGUACUAAUGCAAUGAAGAGAAGCGCAAAGGUACAAGAGGAGGACAUGAAAGAUUGGCCAUGGCCUUUCCAAGUCUAAGAAGUAUAGUGAUUUUGCUGUUAAUAUGCAGUACCGGCCCAUGCACUUUGCCAUUGCCUGGGGCCCAAAUGACAAAAAAAAAUUACUAGAUUCUAUUAUUCGUUUAUUUGUUGUGGGUUGGCUUUGGAGGGUUUCUAUUUUUUGUUUUUUUGUUUUUUGGGGAGGGGAGGAAUUUGUGAUUUGAUUAUGUUUGUUUGCAGAUGAAUGCAUUAUCGUCAUGUUUUUUUAUGAACUGCAUCAGAGUGUUUCUAAUCGGGUGUGAAUAUUGGUUCAUUUCACAUUAUGCAAUUAUAAUCUUAGUAAUUUCUUUCACGGGCCAAUUUUUUAUUUAAACUUUUUUGGAUGAAGCACGUAGACAUUGGAAGUGAUAUGACAAAGUCAUUGCAAU